GUGGCUGUAUAACCUCUUCGAAAGCAAGGUGGAAUCGGCUUUCAAGACAGCCAUGGAAAGCAAGAUCUGUGAGAUAGUGAGAACUUCUGUUAACUCCAAACUGGAGUCCCACCUUCAGUCUCUGCCAGUUACCACCAGUAUCGACCACACAUCUAGCAUCGAUUAUUCUCUGGUUGGGCCACCCGUUGCGACAAGUGAUUGCGUAGACUUGGACCUCAAGGGUGAAUUCUUCUCCAACGCCCAGCGUACUCCGGCUCCUUUCCCCCCGCCUCCCCUGUCUUUUCCGGUGGAUCCGGACCGCAUGAUCCAGUUUGGGAUUUCCACGUACUUCUUCAACACGGCUGGCCAGGUUUACUACCAAUCGGAAAGCCUGACCACCUGGAUCGUGGAUGACAUGGUUCCUAAGGAAAUUAAAAUCCGGCUGAACACCCUCUCCUUCGAACCCUUCAUCCCCCAGAUCAAGCAGCUCUACCCCAGCAUGCCGAUGAAGCUGAGGGUCUCCCCUUCUUCGGCCCCAUCUCUCAGCAUCUCCCCCGAAUCCAUCUCGCUGACCCCUUCGGUCGACAUCCAGGCGUUUGUGAUUCUCCCGAAUUCCUCCCUGGCGCCCCUCUUUUUGAUCGGAGUGACCACGUCGGUUUCUGCCAAAGUUGAUGUCAAUUCUACCAGGAUCUUUGGAGACCUGAAGAUGGGCAGGAUGAGGUUCUCCUUGAAGCACUCAGAUGUUGGGAUCUUCUCGGUACAAUUGCUGGAAACCCUCAUAAACUUCCUUACGGGGAGCAUCCUAAUUCCACAAAUGAAUGGUAAGGACGUUGUAAAGACAAAAGACCUUUCACAUCAUCUUAUUUCAGAGUUCAGAGAAGGGCAAACAAAGACUCUCAGGGAUCUGGAGGCCAAACCAUACGAUGAAAUGAUUGAGGAACUAGAUCUUCAGUUAGAGACCUGGGACCUGAAAUGCGAGGAGAACAACCAGGAUCACAAGACCUCCGAAAUGGGCUCCCAUCGGCUCGUCGUACGCCGAGGACGGCCCUUCCGGAUCACCCUGCACUUCGCGGGCAGAGCGUACCAAGAGGGCGUGGACAGGCUCAGCUUCAUCGCCGAGACAG